AUGCCUAAAUUGUGCUCGUUUGGUUGUGCCCCUAGUGGUUCCCCAAUGCAUCGUUUUCCAAAUGCUUUUAAGUUCCCAGGGUCUUUUAAGGCUUGGGUCACUCUUGUUGGUGGAAAACUGGAAUCAGCUUCUGAUUACGAGUAUUACCAGAAGAAGUUGAUUUGUGACAUACAUUUUACUCCAGAAGACCGAGUUCGGAAUAACCGGUUAAAGGCAUAUGCAAUUCCAUCACUUUAUUUACAUGGACCAUCUGCCAGUUUCACGUUGGAGCAAGAACCUCCUUUAAUUGUAGCCCACAAUGCAUUGAGUCAUACUUCUACCUUAACUCCUGCAAUUACAGGCACGGUUCGUGGUAUUGCACCUGCUGUAAUAAUGGAGCAUAAUUAUAGCGCGGCUAGCAGAUCUACAAGAAAAACAUUUGGAAAAGGUACACAAUAUUACUUAGUCACUAAAACACACAUGGUAUUGUAG